AGUAACCGACCAACACCACCAACAACAUUUUCCAGCAGACGUUCUUCCUACUUACUGGGGAGAACAAGUGACUUGUAGGAGGGUGUCCUCGUUGAUAUCGUCGCCAGGUGACGUGCUGCUCUCCUAGCUACGGUUGUUCACAAGAUUAAAGGAUACGAGCACCCAACAAAUAACAAGAGUAUUAUAAUUGUCAGUCAACAUAAAAAUUAAGAAAAUCAGAAACGGAUGCAAAGUUGCACGACACAGAGAAGGUAAAGGGGGCAUGAAAAAAGUAUAAUUUCUUACUUAAACCAUGAUAUCAGAACAGAUCAAAAGUACAUCAAUUGAAACCACGUCAGGAAAAAAAAAGUCUAUAUGCAACCAAAAUGAUUUAGUAAGUAACAUGCCCUUAAAUAAAAAGCAAGACGAGAUACGAAUUGGUGGUUCACUGGUUACAAAGGAAAAGAAAUGGAGGUGGAGGAAAAAUAAGAAAAGAAAGAGAGAAGAGCAGACUAGUAAUGAGAAUUGUGAUGGAACACAAAUGGAAACCAAUCAACCAGUUGAUAGAAAAUUAAAUGAACAUUUGGAAUCACUGCCGCCAGCAAAGAAGAAGAAGAGAAAGAAGAAGAAGAACCCAGGUGUGACUGAAGGGCUUAAACCAGUACUCAUUGUCAAAACCCCGGAGGAUUAUUCAGCUAACUGGAAACGGCUGAAGGAGAUUAUUGCUAAAGAUAGCCAGAAAUUAACAGAAGCAAAAGGUAAUAGUGCGAAAAGUAACAUACCUGACAAAAAAAGUACAGGUUGUAAUAAAAUUGGAACUGUGAAGUGCAGAAAGACUCCAAAGAAUAGCAAUUCUGUAAUUGACCGGCAACAUAAGCAAGCUGAGAAAAGGAAAAAAGGAAAAAUGGAAGUUUGGUUUGAUAAUGUUGAUCCGAUCCUUCUAGAACAAAGUGAGGAGGAGAGUGAAGUAAAGGAUUGCAAAGGUAAAGGUGGCACGAAGGCGGGCGGUCCUGAGGUGAGCUCUGACAGUGCGGGACAUGAUGCCCCCCUGACGAAAACUACUUCCUUUGUAGGUGUAACAAAAGUUAUCGGAAUGGAUUGCGAGAUGGUGGGAGUUGGAAUGAACGGUGAAGACUCAAUAUUAGCACGAGUGUCCAUUGUCAACCACUUUGGUAAAGUGUUGUAUGACAAGUAUGUCAAACCCACCGAGGAGGUUAUAGAUUACCGAACACAUGUGUCUGGAAUCCGGCCAUCUGAUAUAAAAGAAGGUGCUGAGUUUUCCACAGUGCAAAAAGAGGUCUCGGACCUUCUUACAGGAAGAAUAUUAGUGGGCCAUGCUUUGCGUAAUGACCUGAAGGUUCUUUUUCUGUCUCAUCCACGGGCUGACACGAGAGAUACAUCGAGGUACAAGGGGUUUCGGAAGCUGUUUGGAGGAAGGACUCCUAGCCUCAAAAAUCUAACAGAAAAGGUUAUGGGCGUCCAAAUCCAACAUGGAGAGCAUAAUUCGGUUCAAGAUGCCCAAGCUGCCAUGCGCUUGUACACAAUGCACCGUAGAGAAUGGGAAGAAUUUAUAUCUAAGAAAAGGAGAAAGCUAACUGCCAAAAAGAAGAGCAAACCAUCCACUGCUGUGACAAAGAGUGACAGUGAUGCUGUGACAAAGAGUGACAGUGAUGCUGUGACAAAGAGUGACAGUGAUGCUGUGACAAAGAGUGACAGUGAUGCUGUGACAAAGAGUGACAGUGAUAGUGAGGAAUGAUUUACAUACAUGAUCAUUAUGCAGUAUGCAGUGUAUUUUUCCAACAUGCUUUCUCCCCCCCCCCUCCUCUCUCUCUCUGUCUGUCUGUCUCUCUCUCUCUCUUUCUCUCUCUUUUUCUUUCUUUCUUUGAUUGGGAAGUUUACAUCCUGGUGAACUGUUUUAAUAAAUGUAGGCAAAGCUGCCAAAGAUUGGGAAAAGAUGUACAGGGGCCAGAUUCACGAAGCAAUUACGCAAGCACUUACGAACCUGUACAUCUUUUCUUAAUCUUUGGCGGCUUUGUUUACAAUUAUUAAACAGU